AUCUGUCAAGAGUCACUCUCAUCUCAUCAGUCCAUAAAACCUUUGAAAAAUCUGUCUUCAGAUAUUUCUUGGUCCAGUCUUGACGUUUCAACUUAUGUGUCUUGUGCAGUGGUGGUCGGGUUUCAGCCUUCCUUACCUUGGCCAUGUCUGAGCACUGAACACCUUGUACUUCUGGGUACUUCAGGUAGGUUGCAGUUCUGGAAUAUGACAGCACUGGAGGAUAAUGGGUUCCUGGUGGCUUCACUUUUGAUUCUUCUUAAAUCUAUGGAACUUAAUUUGUGUCUUUUUUUUCUCAAAACAUUUCUUGCGACACUGUUA